AUGACGUUCUGUGCCCCUGCUAUCAGCUGUUUCUGCUUCAGGAAUUAUGCAAGAGUCCCAACCUUCCGCAACGACCAAAACCAGGCCGUUCAACCCCUGUACAGUGACAACGAUAAGACCUCUUGCGCAAACUGCCAAAAAAGUAACAGCGAAUGCGUUCGUGGGUUUAGUGUCAGAUUCCGCCAUGGGUUGAACCCAAGCAUACGGUCUGGAAAGGCUCAAGAAGCCAAGAACAGAGACUACAACUUCUCUCAAGAUCAACCAUGGGUCAAGACAACUAGAGCUCUGAGUUUUGUCGACGAGACUCCAGACAUCAUCAACAUUCAUGACUCCAGUACUGGCAACUUUGACACAUUGGAUAAAGAACCAGAUAUCGGAGACGAAAGUGACCAGCCUUCGCCACCUCUGGUACCUCUGCAUAGGAUCCUUUCAGAGGACUCGAAUUCCUAUUCAGAGCCGGCCAGAUCAAAUGCAACGGCAAACUUUGAAGAAUUCAUCUCAAACAGAGAUGGCGAGCGACCUUCUAAGAAACGAGCGUUGAGUUCGUCGUCAACUGGAGCAUGGGGGGAUACCCCCCGGUCGAAUCCUGGUGACGCCCUAUCACCAAGCCAAAAGUCCGACAAUGCUGGCUCUUUCGGGAGAUACACAGGAGCUCAAUCAUUCAAAUCACCCAUCCUUGACAACGAUGUUAUUCUAGGUAUUGGAAGCCCUCAACUUGCAGCUGCACUCGCUAGUUCUUGUCAAGCAGACCUUCCAAUUCCUGUGGACGAUAUAACCGAUGCUGUUUCUGGCAUCUACCUCGAUGCCCCAAGAUGGCCAUUGGAAGAUCCACAGGAAGCCAUGCUAUUUUACAAUUUCAUCCAUGUCUUAGCGCCAUUAUUCGACUUGUGCGAUAGCGAACGUCACUUUGCUACAAUAGUUCCACGCCGAGCUGUUAUCUGCCCUCCUCUUAUGAAUGCAGUACUUGCUGCUUCUGCCAAACGGCUAAGUCGGGUUGAUGGUUUUGAUGGCUUAGUUGGCGAUCGCUAUCACCAAAACUGCCUUGAUGCACUUAUCCCGGCUUUGUCUAGUACUGCAGCUGUCAUGGAUGAGAAUCUCCUAACCGCCAUUGUGAUUCUUCGUUACAUGGAAGAGCUCGAUGUACCUCUAUCAGCAGACGCAGCCAGCGAGUCCCAUCUUGUCGGUACUCGAGUCUUUGUUGCUGCUCAAGAAAAGGUCCUUGAUUUCACUGGUUUGCGAAGGGCAGCAUUCUGGGUCGCACUCCGACAAGAGAUACACAUGUCGUUUAUGCAGGCUCGUCCAGUUCAUCCGAACUUUGCUCUGGAGGACAUCUCUCGUCUGGUCCAGAAUGAUGAUACGUGCUGCACUUUUGCAAACUUAACUAUCCUGCAAUGCGCUGCUUGUCUUCGUUACUGCUACGGGUCUGAAGAUCAAAGCUUCUCCGCAUGGCAACGCUUGCAAGAUGCUCAAGAAAGUUGGUGGGCGGAGAGGCCCUGGCAUUUCUAUCCUAUGUAUAUCAACGAGGAUGCACCUGGCAGCUUUCCUCAAGCGCUAUAUCUCAAUGAAGCUGUCGUUACAGGUGUACUCCACCACCUGUUGAUCAAAGUUCUGCUUGCUGCUCAUAAUCCUAGAACUCCGAAGCUGGGACCGGGACAAGCUAAAGCAGCCAAGUCGAUUAACGAAGAGAUCAGAAAAACUGUCAAGAUGGUGUGUGGGGUUGCCGAGUCGAACCAGCGCAAUCCAACAGGCUACGCUUACGUUUGUCUAGCCAUCACCAUGGCGGGUGACAGAUUUUCCAGCAUAUUCGAACAGGAAGCCUUAUACCAGAUCCUCCAAAAAGCAGACGUGCAGUUUGGAUGGCCAAGUCGAUCCGUACAAGAAUAUCUAAAAGAAUCCUGGGGUUGGACUGAGUCUCCUGAGAACAUGAAUUCUGCAAUGCCAAUUGCCGGCAUGCUCAAUAGCAAUCUGCAAUUAAUGUAA